CGCUUUAUGUCACAAAAUAAAUAUAAAAAUUCUUGGUGAAUUUUGAUAUAACAUCCUUCAAAUAAUAGAUACAAUUAUCUUCUGAAUAAUAGUUCAAACACUAUUAUGGAGUUUAUAAGUAGUCUGUGCUGAGUGUGCUGUGUGUUAGUAAUCGUUGACCACAGAAGGGUUUCAUACAAAAAAUGUGUCUCAUCAAUGUCAAUCAUGGUUAAUUUAUCACUGUAAUACACAGAUAAAGAGUCGAAAAUCAGAUAGAAUUAAAGAGUGCGCAACUUUAGCUAUUUAUUUGAGAUAUCCGAAAAUGAUUGCGAAAGUGCCUACCGUCAAACUUUCCAGUGGGUAUGAAAUGCCUACAAUUGGUCUGGGUACAUAUGCGCGUAAUGCAGAACAAGGACAAGUCCAGAAGGCUGUUGAAUGGGGCAUUGAGGCUGGAUACCGUCACGUAGAUACAGCAAUGAUCUACCGUAAUGAGGAACAAGUAGGGGAGGGUAUUGCUAAUAAAAUUAAACAAGGCCUGGUUAUCAGAGAUGAUCUAUUUGUUACUACAAAGCUCUGGAAUGACAAGCAUGCCGAAGCUGAUGUGUUACCCGCCUUGGAGCAGUCAUUGUCAAAACUUAAGUUAACAUAUGUAGAUUUAUAUCUCAUACAUUGGCCAGUUUCUGUAGAUCAAAAUGAUGAAGAUACAGGAAUAGAUUAUAUUGAAACAUGGAGAGGCAUGGAAAAUGUUGUAAAAUUGGGACUCGCUAGAUCUAUUGGAGUGUCUAAUUUCAAUAAGGAGCAAUUAGAUCGGCUCCUAACUGCAGCACAAAUUAAACCGGCUGUGUGCCAGUUUGAGAUUAGUCCAACAUUAACACAGCAUGAUUUAGUCGAUUAUUGUAAGAAAUUAUCUAUAGCCCCCGUUGCGUAUACACCACUAGGUUUGCUUUCUGACGCCAGGCCGGAGUUUUCUGGAAAGGACCUAAUCAAAACUGAUCCAAAGUUGGGUGAACUGAGUCAGAAAUAUGGCAAAUCUAGAGCACAGAUCGCCUUGAGAUAUCUUAUACAACGUGGCAUUACAGUAAUUCCGAAAUCUUUCACCAAAUCAAGAAUAGAGGACAACUUGAAUUUGUUCGAUUUCGAACUUAGCAGAAAAGAUAUGAAUCUAGUUGACAGCUACAAUUUAAAUUUGAGAUGUGUUCCAGCACUUGGGAUGUCAAAUUUAAAGAACUUUCCCUUUUAAAUUAAAGGGUUGUGAUAGUACAUUUAGAAUUUAUAUGUAUAAAUUGUAUAAUUGAUGUUUAAAUAUUUUUAUUCACUAUAGUAAAACAAAGAUAUGUUUAUAAUUAAUAACAUGUAUUUCAUUGGGGAUGUCUACUGUCAGUCUAUAUUGGUAAAAUAACAUGUUUACACUAGUUCCAUUUCUAGAAUGUAAAAUUAUAUACUUAAUAAUAAUAUAUCCUAUAUUUGGAAUUACAAGAUGUCAUACUUACCACAUAUUCAUACAUUCUGAGAUAUUAUGACGCAUAUAAACAUUUAGACUUAUAUUGAUUUGGCAGACUAAAGUGAAAAUUAGAUUGAAAUAAAACCAACACAUAUACCAUAAUUAGACCAUUUUAUUCAAUAAAAAACAACAAUAAAUAAAUAUUAUAUCAACAUUCAAUACAAAUACAAAAUAGAAAUACACGUCUGUAAAUACAUUGUAAUGACUUACUAGAAUAUUUUGAAAGUAACCAAAAUAUCAUCCAUGGAAUGUCCGUUAAAAUCUCAUAAAAUCAUUUUAAAAAGUUAUAUCGAUUAAAAGACAAAUUUACAUAACUCUUUAACUGUAUGAGACCUUAAUUAGGA